AUUCACCCGUGGUUUGUGAGUGAAAUGGUUUUGAAAGGUUAUUAAAACUACAACUAGGGCCAGUCUCCUUAAUUCAACAGCCAUCUGGGCAAGAGAACGAACCAGGAGAAAGAAAAAGUAUCAUUUGAAAAGGCUGCGAAUUUUCUGAAGAUAAUCUUCUGCAUUUGGCAUUGUUAAAUAUUUUCUGCCAUCUUUGAAUGAUGGAACCGGAUUAUCAAAAUCACUUUAAAGAUCCAGAAUCCUCUGCUAUGCUCAAUAGUAGAGGUGUGACUGCUGACUCCAGAAACCAAUGGAAGCAAUUGGGGGAAGAGGAGAGAAAGAUGGCAGUUCAGGAAGAGAUGAAGAGGGUGCAUCAAUUGCCUGCUAAUAGUAGCUAUGCCAUUCACCGUCGCCGUGUUCUCAGUAAAAUAUUCCAGCUCAUGACUAUUCAGAGAUCUGCAUCUGAGGAUGAGGAGUUGGAGUUGCUUUUUGCUGGGCUGUCCAUUUAAGCAGAAGGCUGAAUCACUACAGGGUGCAUCUGCAAUUUUACUGUCACAGCAUGCCUGCAGAGACAUGAAUGCUACAGAAUGGAACCUCUAUGUUCUUGACACUGUCCUUUGGAAGCUGCAACUUGUUAUGAUAAAAUGUAAGGGAGUUCUAACGCACACCAGUUUUGAUUUCCUAAUCACAACUGCAAAUAUCACCGACAGUAGUUAAUGUGUAUAAAAAGUAGUGCUUUUCAUGUGCUGAUAGUUAAGCUCUAAGUUUCAUAAAUCAUAGUAAUAAUAGUAUAUUAGUAUGUGUUUGUUGUAGGUUCUAUGAUGGUCAUUGUUCUUUCUUUGCAAUUGAUUUUAUCUAUGCCUUUCUGUAUUCUUGGGUUUUUAUUACAUAAAUUGUAGUGUACCCAAGAGUGUUCAAGAAUAAUAAAAAUGUUAAACCGCAAGUUUAGCAAAAAA